AUAGAAGUAAAGAACACUCUCUACCUAAUUGUCUUCUCUCAGUUGAUUUCCCUCGUCAAAAAAUCAAGACUUUCUUGCAGAUUCUAUCUCAUUUCCAUGUCAAUAAUGCCUUUAAACACCACAUUUCUCCUUUAAACUCUGUUCUUGAUGAGAAAGUUUCGAAUUUCAUCUCACGUUUCCUUCUAUUAUUUUUUUUCCUGCUAUUUUUUCCGGAAAUUUUCUCAAUUUUGUCGAUUUAUAAGUAGAGCAAGAUGCUUUCCACGAAAUCGGAAUCGGACAUUACAAGUCUCGCGGCUUCUUCGUCGUCGCCUUCACGAUCUUCAAAACGCGCCUUGUACUACGUUCAUAGCCCGUCACGUGACUCGUCCACGUCCGUACAUCCAAGCUCGAUGAUGGACUCUCCCACGCACGAAUCUUCUUCUUUCGGCCGUCACUAUAGAAACUCAUCGGCGAGCAGAUUCUCCGGGAUGUCCCGAUCAUCGUCGUCAGAGAGAAAAAACGGCAGGAAUUUCAUGUUUAGCGAGAAAGAAUGGCACGAGUGUAAGAUUAUACUCGAAGAAGAUACCGAUGCGUUCGAUGAAAUGGACGACAUGACGUCUAUAAGAAGGUGUCAAGCACUACUUGCCGUUUUAACACUCCUGUUAAUUUUCACCGUCUUACUCUGUAUCGUUUGGGGAGUUAGUAAACCUUACAAGACUCAAAUCUCUGUACAGACAUUCGAGCUACACAACUUUUAUGAUGGUCACGGAACAGAUUUCUCUGGAGUACCAACCAAAGUGCUGACUUCGAAUGGAACACUAAGAUUUCGUAUUUACAAUCCUGCCUCAAUAUUUGGUGUUCAUCUUAGUUUCACCCCAAUCAAUCUCUUCUUCUCUGAACUCCCCAUUGCUACCGGUCAGCUGAAAAAUCAUUAUCAAUCGAAGAAGAGCCGAAAGAUGGAAUCAGUGGUGAUAGAAGGAAGAAACGUGCCAUUAUAUGGUGCCGGAGCAAGCCUAGAGGCGACGGAGAGAGGCGGAAAGAUCCCGGUGAAGCUGAGAUUUGAAGUCCAAUCAAGAGGAGAUGUGGUCGGAAAAUUGGUUAGAAUUUGGCACACAAGGCGAAUCUCAUGCACAUUUGUCAUCGAUGUUGCUAUUACUACCAAGCCCAUACCGUUCAAGGAUGGUUCUUGCAACUAUUCCUGAUUAUGUAAUUAUUUUUGAUUACUCGAUGCAUUAAGUAGUAAGUGGGUUAAAUUUUUUAGA